AUGAAAUUAGCAGACGAAGAUAAAAUUUUUCAAGAUUUACUUAAUGCUUGUCGUAAUGGUGAUUUAGAGCUAGUUGAAAGCUUGGUUCGAAAUUUUGGAGCACCAAUUAAUCAAACCGAUAAAUGGCAAUGUUCCCCUUUAUAUCUUGCAUUUGUAAAGUUCUUACUUGAGAAUGGAGCUCAAUGUAGAAAGGAUACCUUUGAAGGACAACGCUGUUAUUAUGGAGCAUUGACAAUGAAAAUACGGGGACUUUUGUCAAGUUAUAAGUACACUAAAGCAGAUGACAAAUAUCAGCCCUAUCGCAAUUUCUUUUCCUACAUAUUAGAACGUCCUCUUGACACCUUUAGUGAUGUUAUUUUUAAAUUAAAUGCCCCAUACGACCGGUCAAAACGUUAUAAUACUUUGGAAACUUUAGAAAUUUCAGCUCAUAGAUGUAUACUAAACGCUCGAUCAACAUUCUUUGCAAGCAAAUUUCAGACGAUUUGGUGUACAUCUAAAGUGAUUGAAAUUCAAGAGAUACAAAUUCAUGCAACAUGUUUUCGUGCAAUGUUGAGAUAUCUUUAUACCGGAGAAAUUGCAUCGAUCCCAAAUUCCUUAAUGGAUAACAUGAUACAACUGUGUAAAUAUGUCUGGCUAGAUAAUUUAUCUGAACGAUAUACGAAUAAAAUGAAAAGAAUUAAUCAGGAUCAGGAUAAGAUAGAAUUUAAGAAACUUCAAAACGACUUUGUUAAAUUUUUUAAGAAUGUUCUACUUGUAGGCAAACAAUUUUACACUGAACAAGAUUAUAACAAUAAUAUGAAGGUGGAUGGCUCAGAAAUUAUUGAAAAUAGAAUUGGACAUAACGAUACAGAACCGAAAUUCGCAGAAUCUCAACAUGAUAUUUGUAUUAGAGUGGAAGAUGAAUUCUUUAAUUGUCACAAGGUUUUCCUCACUGAACGUUGCGAGUACUUUAAAGCCAUGUUUAAUGGACCUUUUUCUGAAAAAUUAUUGCGAACACCUAGAAUUUCAGAAUGUUCUUCCAAAGUAUUUGCUUUAAUUCUUGAAUUCAUAUAUACAGACAAAUGUGAUAUACCGGAAUCAAUGGCAUGUGAAGUAUUAAUAAAGGCUGAUAUGUACUUACUGGAUAAGCUCAAAUCAAUCGCGUCUAUCAUAUUAACAAAUCUAUCCGAACCACUUGAAGAUAUUUACGUACUUAUGCGUACGGCUAUCGAUUUAAAUAUUGGUAGAUUAGAACAAUGGUGUUGUCAUUGGUUUGCCGAUCAUCUUUAUGAAGUUUUAGAAGAUCAAAGAUUUCUAGAUUUAAUUUGUGAAUCCGCUCAUUCUAUUAAAAAAAGACAAGAGACUGAUACGAUUCCUUUCAUCGAUGAUUUAAGAUAUUGGUUAUCUAAAAAAUAUAGUGUGCUUGAGGAUGAAAUUGAUCAAAGGAGUGGUAAAGUACGGGAAUAUGACGGUGAAGAAAUAACUGAUUGGGAAGCUGAAUAUAAUUUAUGCUUGCGAUAUUAUUAUUUGUGA